CGCCGCCACCUGCCGCCGCCGGGGCUGCCGCACCUGCGCGGCGUUUCUCCGCGGGGCCGGGCCGGGCAUGGCGGCGCGCUGAGAUGAAAGUGACGGUGUGCUUCGGGCGGACGGGGAUCGUGGUGCCCUGCAAGGACGGGCGGCUGCGCGUGCGGGACCUCACCCAGCAGGCCCUGCAGCGCUACCGCAGGGCCCAGGAGAAGGAUCCAACUUACUGGGUAAAUAUCCACCACCUGGAAUAUACAGAUGGAGGAAUCCUGGACCCUGAUGAUGUGCUGGCAGAUGUUGUGGAAGACAAAGAUAAGCUGAUUGCUGUUUAUGAUGAGCAAGAACCUCACCAUAAGACUGAUGGCAUCAAUGGCACUUUGACUGACAGAAACAGCCCAGACCCUUUUGAGACAGAGGUGGCUGCUCAGCUGGCUGCUUUCCAGCCAAUUGGUGGUGAGAUUGAAGUGACUCCUUCGGCACUGAAGCUGGGCACGCCGCUUUUGGUGCGAAGGAGCAGUGAUCCAGCGGUGGGCCUGCCUGCUGACUUCCACCCCAGCACUUCUCAUCCUGGUGACCACAGUCUCAAACAUGUUGUGGCAGGUGCUUCACAGCGGUCCUUUGAGGAUGGGGAGAUGACCCUUCCUGGAACCCCAGAACCGCUGGCGUCGCAAAGGGCCCGGCUUGCUGUCAGUGAAAUGACAAAAAUUGUGGAGAUUUCUGGAGAAGGUGGACCCCUGGGAAUACAUGUCGUGCCCUUUUUCUCGUCUUUGAGCGGAAGGAUGCUGGGACUCUUUAUUCGUGGUAUUGAGGAGAACAGCAGAUCUAGACGUGAUGGAAUUUUCCAUGAAAAUGAAUGCAUUGUGAAAAUUAACCACAUGGACCUUAUAGAUAAAACUUUUGCGCAGGCUCAGGACAUCUUUCGUCAGGCAAUGAAAUUUCAAAGUGUCAUCUUGGAAGUUCUUCCUCCUUAUAAUCGGGAUCAAUAUGAAAAGUCUGUUAUUGCGCCCCUUUGCUUUCUGGAUAACGAAGAAGGAGUUCCAAAAACAAAGAUUCCACCUCCUGUUCAUCCAAAACCUACCCUGAAAACAAUUAAUCUUUCUGGAACAAGCAGUUUGGAGGCAGGUGUUCAGGCAUCACUGCAGCAGACUAAGAGCCCCAACCUCCCACGACUGGGUAGAAAGUCAUCUUCACCCUCACUAUCUCCUCUGAUGGGCUUUGGCAAUAAAAAAAAUUCGAAGAAAAUAAAGAUAGACCUGAAAAAAGGUCCAGAAGGACUUGGUUUCACUGUGGUUACCAGAGACUCGUCAGUACAUGGGCCUGGUCCUAUUUUUGUGAAGAAUAUUUUACCAAAAGGUGCAGCAGUAAAGGAUGGUCGUUUACAGUCGGGAGAUAGAAUCCUGGAGGUGAAUGGACGGGACAUCACUGGCAGGACCCAGGAGGAGCUCGUAGCUAUGCUGAGGAGCACAAAGCAAGGCGAAAUAGUGUCUCUGAUUGUGGCUCGCCAGGAGGACGCCUUUCUACCUCGAGAGCUGAAAGGAGAGCCAAACUGCAGUAUUCUUUCCCCAGAAACCACAGAGCAGCUGACCUUUGAGAUUCCUCUGAAUGAUUCUGGCUCUGCUGGACUCGGUGUGAGUUUAAAAGGCAACAAAUCUCGGGAGACUGGAGCUGAUCUUGGGAUUUUCAUCAAGUCCAUUAUUCAUGGCGGUGCUGCUUUUAAGGACGGUCGCUUGCGGGUGAAUGAUCAACUUGUUGCAGUUAAUGGAGAGUCACUCCUGGGCAAGUCAAACCAUGAAGCUAUGGAGACACUGAGGCGCUCCAUGUCCAUGGAGGGGAACAUUCGUGGGAGGAUCCAGCUGGUAGUUCUCCGGAGACUAGAGCCACAAACAGAGGAUCGCUCAGACCAGGGAGCUUUUCAAAAAUCGGCAUUUGAAGGGAAUCAUAACGUCGCAGCUGCUUCCCGGCGCAACAAUGCUGUUCUUCAGCAGUUUGUAACUUGCAGUCUUCAGGACAGACUGAAAGAGCUCUCAGCGUCUGAUCGUGGCAAUGGUGAGAAUGAAAGCCCUCCGCCUCUCCCCCCUCAUCCCAGUGAGGAUCUGCUGAGUGAGGAUUACAAUAAUCACAGCCCUAUCACAAAUUCAGCAGCGUAUUUAGCAGAUCAGCAGAUCAGCUUCAGAUCUUUGACACCAGCCAAGCAGUCUGAAUCAAUUAAUCUGAAAGCCUCAAAAAGCAUGGAUCUGGUGGCAGAUGAAAGCAAAGUUAGUUCAUUGGCUGGACGCACAUCAGACUCUUCUGGCAAAGAUUUUGGUCCUACUCUGGGGCUGAAGAAGUCCAGUUCCCUGGAGAGUCUGCAGACAGCUGUGGCUGAAGUUAGGAAGAACGAACUCCCUUUUCACAGACCCAGGCCUCAUGUUGUUCGUGGUCGGGGGUGUAAUGAGAGUUUCCGAGCUGCCAUUGACAAGUCUUACGAUGGACCUGAGGAUGUUGAAGAGGAUGGUUUCUCUGAUAAGAGCUCUCACUCUGGUCAAGAAGUGCAGAACAUGGAACCUGCCUCUCUGGGGAACCCUGGAACAGAAGAGGUAGAAGCCAAAGUAAAAAAAGACAAAAAAAACAGAGAGAAGAAAAAAGAAAAGGGCAAGGCUAAAAGCAAAGAGAAGAAAAGGAAAGAAGAAAAUGAAGAUCUGGAAAAGAAAAAGAGGAAAGGCUUCGGUGUCAUGUUGAGAUUUGGAAAAAAGAAGGAAGAUAAAAGUGGGAAAGCGGAUCAAAAGGGGAGCCCAAAGCACAGUGUACUUAAAGAAGAGGAACUGGAGAAAAUGAAAGAUGAGCGUGAAAGGAUUGGUACAAAGCAUCAGGAGCUACGGCAAAAGCAAGUGAAAGCCCUGGUUGAUUACUCUACUGGUGCUGGAGGACCUGACAUUGAUGAUGAUGACGUGGAUCCAAAUUAUGCCAGAGUAAAUCACUUCCGAGAGGCUUAUCCAGCAGCCAGCAUCUACAGGCCAUCAUCACCAGCAGAAACCUUUGUGUAUCCACGUGAUGCUCCUUCAAUGCCAAUGGAGAGGGAGCACUUGGAAGGAUUAUAUGCAAAAAUAAACAAGCAGCACUACCCGCAGACUCCUGGUGACAGCGGCUGUCCAGGUGGUGUGAAUGCUGAUCGUAUCCAGAAGCUGCGGAAGGAGUACCAUCAGGCCAGGCGAGAGGGCUUACCUUUCUAUGAGGAUGACGAGGGAAGAGCCCAGCCAUCUGAUUACGAGCAGCGUUGGGUGCCUGGAAAAGGUCCAGACGGGAGCUCGUACAACCUCCACUUCGAAGGCAUGGAAAGGCAGUACGCAUCCUUGCCCAGGCGCGGACCCGCAGAGCCGCUGGAAUACUUAACAGGGCCACGAGUGAUCUACAAAGAGAGGGAUCUGCCCUACUACCAAGGAGGACAGCCUGGGGGCCACCCGUCGAAGGGGAGCUACGGCCGCGCAGCAGAGCCGAGGUACCCCCAGUACUACCCAGCGAACCCCCAUAAAGGACCCCUCCGGCAGGACGUGCCACCUUCCCCUCCCCAGCCCCACCGAGCCCCGGCUUACAGCGAAACGGGCCGAGCGGGACACCGCGGGACCAGUCCGGACCGGUACCAGUACAGGCAGCAGGAUCCCCGGCAGAAGAACGGCGUGACCGCGGCCGUAUAGCCGCCGGGCGGAUCGCGAGCGCGGCCCGGCCGGGGCCCCGCCGGACGUCGCCCCCGCGGGGCUGUUGCCCAGCGGAGCCGCCCGCGAGACUGGCGCUGCCCGCGGGUCCCCCUCGCUGAGCGGGGCGCGGGGCGGCGCGCCGUGAGCCGCGGGUACGCGAGGUGCCGGACGGCUGAGUACUUUCAAUGCUUUUUAAAAAUAGAAAGUGGCUGCUAGAAAUUCAGCGCAACACUUGCUACAGCUCAGGGCUAUUUGCCGCCUGCAGGCAGCACGGCGCGGCGCGGCCCUCCUGCGCGAGGGCCGAGGUGUCACCAGCGCGUCCUUCCGGCACGGGCGGGCCAGCAGCUCUGCGUUUCAAGGAUGCUGCGGCCGCGAGGUCUGCGGUCCGGCCUCUCGUCUUCCUCUUUCCCUUUGGCGGUCGCGGCAGUUGUCCGGUGGCCCUCGACGCUGAGCUGCUGCCGGUCGGCGUCGCUGCCUCCCGCGGGAGCUUCCGAGGAGGCCGGCGCGCGAGUCGGGGCAGGGACCCCCCGGCAGCCCCCGAGAAGGGGCCAGUGCCAUGUGCCAACCCCCAGCCGGCGGCGGAGGGGGCUUUGACAGGCAGCGGCGAGGGGAAAGGUGAGGAAAGCGCCCCGGGGAGAGGAGCAGGAGGCCCUGCAGCCUGGGGACACGGGGCCGCCGGCGCUCAGGGACCUCCCGCCGCGCGGUGCCCCAGGGAGGCCACAUGGCCUCGCCGCCUGGAGAGGUAUUUUGGAGAAGUUUCUAAGUGUCCUUAACUUCGGCCUUUCAGGAGCGCCGCUGAGCAGCUGGGGCUCCUCUCCUGGUCGGGGAGAGCCGGGGACCAGCGCAGGGAUUUGUUGGCGGUGCUUUCGACACCUUCGGUAUGCAGCAGGUCGCAAAUCCCAUCGGUCGCUUCCCAGGCACCAGGUAUCCCACACGGGGAAGGUCAGUCCUGGCGGGAGCGUGCCCUCCCACCAGCUCUCCCCAGGGAGAGGCUCCGGGGAAGCGAGCGGUGCGUAGGGCCCUGGGCAGGACUGCAUCCAGCGCGGAGCAGGAGGCGGCGAGGGGAGGGAGAGGGACGCAGCCGACUGAGACGCCAGGCCGCUGCGAUGGCGCCCCGCUCCGCUGCUCUCUGCCCUCCGCCCUAGCAGAGCGGGAGGGAACGGCCUCUGGAGGGAGGGGGCGGGCGCGGAGCGGAGCGGGGCGUCCGGGGACCCUCCGGCAGGACGGCGCGGCCCCCCCGCGGCGCUGCCUGUCCCCUACGUGCCGCGCGCAGCCGUGUGCUCCUCCGGAAGAGCUUUAGCUGCUGUUGGAUACUCGGCCAGGACUUGGCAGCCGCAGGGCAGCCGACGGUGUCGUGAAGGCCCGCUGAAAGUGAAGCGAAAACAAAUUAAAAUACUUUCCUUUCCCUGCUUGAAAUACAACCCCUGAUACAUUUGAUCCAGCUGUAAAGAAUCUUACGUGUUUGCGACAGUGGCUUUAUCAAGCCAGGCCACAAUUAAGAACAGCUCUGACUAUAAGCUACUGCCUUUAUAAAUCGCUCUCGACUAACCCUUCAAACGGCAUCGCAGCACCGUCGGCAAAGCUUAUUUACAGUGUUUCACGAGGCAGGGCCAAGCAAGAGCUGGCUGGAAAUAGCUCCUGCGUUGUUCGUAGCCUUUGAAGGACCCGCGCGGUUGCCCCCCCGCAGCCCGCGUCCCCCGGGCAGCACCCGCGGAGCAAGGCAGCCCCUCCCGAGCCGUUGAUCCUACCCCGCAGGUUAUCAGGUGAUGCUUCUGCCUUCGGAUCGGUAGAGUUUCCUCCUUCCUCCAGAAAAAAGAAAAAAAAAAAAAAAAAAAAAAGUGAUGCGGGUGAAAUACAUGGAUACGUCCCUCGGGCGAGGAGCUGAGAAGGAAGAGCCGCCUGCCCUAGCUGGGCGACCAAGAGCGGGAGGUGUUGCAGAGCAUCUCGUUAAUCUCUGGUGCCAUAUUGUUCUGGGAGAAAAUUGCCAUUUGCCGGUUUAAUAUCUGGUAGAGGUUUGGUAUUUUCAAAAGUAUAAUGUGUAACUACAGUAUAGUCAGCUUCUCUGCAGUGCAAAAUGUAUGAUUUUAGCACCAUAUUGUGGAAAAAUAUGUACCGUGCACAAUUCACGAGGUGCUACAACUGAUGGUUGAAAAUACACACUUGCAAAAUCCAAAAGAGCCGUUAAGUAACAAGUUGUUCUUUUCCCCAUAUGUCCAUAUGCUUGGGAAAAUAGUGCGUCUGAAACGCUCCCGACACGUGACUGCCUGGCGCUCGCUCGCGCUGGCCGCCCUGGCAGUGCGGGCAGGGGCGGCCGGAGCGGCGCGCGGCCCUGGCGCCUGGCCAGCCCCGCCGAGCGGCCGAAGCGCUAAGAGCUGCAAAAAUUAAAAAAAAUAAAUAAGGGAAGGAGCCCGCGGCUCUUCCCGAGUGACCGCCCGCUAGCGAGCCGGGGCCGGAGGCGGUGCCGGCUGAGGAGAGGCUGGAGGAGCCGAGCGUUGAAGAAGAGGCUCCUGCCUUGGAAAAGCACGUGCGGAGCCCUGACUUCGGCGUCGCUCCAGCCUCCCAGGCCAGGAGCGGCCUCGCCUGCCGCCGAGUUGUUGUUAUUACUAUUUUGGCAGACGGGUUUGCGCUGCCGGCACCUCCUCCGCGGGGCCGCGCUGCUCCCCGCGGGGUGCUGGCGCUCCGGGGCGAAGCUGGCGCGCGGCUCGGCGGCAGCGCGCGGGCUGCUCGGGGCCGGCGGACGUGGCGCCAGCCUGGCUGCUAAACCACGCGCGACUGUUCGGGGGAGAAACUCAGCACACGCUUCUAAAGGGGUUUUUUUUUCUAGUACCACAUCAAAGAUUUUGAUCUUUUGUUACAUAUGGCUAUAUAAAUUUUACCUGUUUUAUUUUGCAUUAAAAUAAAGGCUUUAAGGCUGUAUGCGAUUAUGUA